CUCUCCCUCCCAGAUCCGGAACCUCAGAGUCUUCCGCAGCCUUUCCAAGCCAGGAUUUCCUCUGCAGAGGAAGGAACGAAGGAAGGAAGAGAGCGGAAUCACCGGUAGGGAUCCGUCCUGCGACCCCAGAAAUGGUCCCAUGAAGGAAGAGGCCCCUGGAGACCCCCCACAGUCCCUGGAGCCCUUUGGAGUUGCUCUGCCGGAGAGAGGAAGGAUGGAGACACCCCCUUUGCCUAAGGAGGGGAGUGGAAAAGGCCCCAUAGUUCUUCAGCCUGGGAACUGUGGGGAGAGCUGGACCAGAACCGGGCAGAAGGUCCUGCAGGAGGGAACCAUCCUCCCUUCAGAAGUUCAGCCCUGGACCUCCAUCCAAUACCGGGAGUCGGAGGGUCACCGAGAGCUUUGCAGCCGACUCCAUGAUUUGUGCAGGCGAUGGCUGAGCCCAGGAAAGCACAGCAAAGCCCAGAUGCUGGACCUGGUGGUUCUGGAGCGGCUCCUGGCUCUCCUGCCCCCAGAGAUGGAGGGCUGGGUGCGGGAGUGUGGAGCAGAGAGCAGCUCCCAGGCGGUGGCCCUGGCGGAAGGCUUCUUCCUGAGCCAGGCAGAGGAGCAGAAGGAGCAACUCCAGCUGCAGUGCUGCACUGUGGAGAUCAGAGAUCCUGAGGGAAAGAAGAACCCAUCAAAUCCCACUCAGGAGCUAUUUUUCAGGAGGAUCCCUUGGAAAGAUCCAAGUCAGGACACCUCAGGAGGUAAUGGAAGAUCCUCCAAUUCCCCAUCU